AUAAACAGUGACGUCAGAGUGGACCGGUCGGGGGGGAUUUCACAGCGAAGAAAAGAAAUGGCGAUGCUUGGGAGCUUUAGCUCUGCACAUCAAAAGAAAAAUAUAUCCGAUGGCAGCAGGGACGUGACAGAAUUUCUUUGUCCAGUUUGUCUCGAGAUUUUCGACAACCCUGUAAGAACACAAUGCGGGCAUACGUUUUGCCAGAGUUGUCUGCAGGAGUGUCUACGUCCCCAGAAGCCUGUGUGUGCGGUGUGCAGGGCUUCUCUUGGCAACUGGACCAAAGCAACUGAGCUAGAGGCCCUUAUCCACUCCUCUGUGGCUGCUUGUAAGGGCUGUGGCGUCCAGGUUGGUAUGUCUCAGAUGAGGAGCCACACAGCUGCCUGUUCAAAAUAUCAGGAGUACAUUGAGGAGGGAGUGCGAACCUCUGCCCAGACCCAACCACCCAUUGUCAGUCCUGUACCAAACCGCUAUACCUUCACCUGCCCGUACUGUAACUGUCAGAACCUGGAUCAGGAUGGCCUGGUUGAACACUGUACCUCACAGCAUAACAGAGACACUCGCCUAGUGGUUUGCCCUAUCUGUGCCUCGAUGCCCUGGGGAGACCCUAACUACAGGAGUGCUGACUUCUUCCAGCACCUCAAGAUUAGACACACCUUUUCCUAUGACACCUUUGUGGAUUAUUCAACAGACGAGCACACAAUGAUUCAGGAGGCUCUACAGCGUUCCUUAAUGGAGAACUGAAGUAAAGAACAGUUCCUUCGAAGGGGCAGGGUAAACUGCAGACGGUGGUGUGAUGUUUUUUGAAGACGGUGCGCGGUACUUCAUUGUCUUCAAUUUCAUUAAUUGACCGGUGGGUAAAACUAAAUGGGCGUUUGGCUUUGUGAGGAAUGUACAUCCUUACAGUGACUAGAGAUUUAUUGUUGAUCUAAAAUUAAAUGGGGCAAAAUAAAAAUGAGAGGAAGCACAAUGUGCUUUCUAAUUUAGGAGCCAUGUCUGUCACACGUGUCAACAUCCUGUGUCUCCCCUAAUACAGCCUAAACUCUUGAUAGAUUGUGGAUUAUAUCAGUCAUAUUUAAAUUGUUUUUGUUGUUUGCACUGUGUCAAAUAAUCACAAAAAAAUGCCUCAGUCCUACCGUAGUCAUGACUUGAAGUGUAUUAGAUGGUUCUACCACUAGGUGGCUAGUAGUUUGCAAGCAGAAUACCAACCUCACCCAGUAGUGUUAACUGAUGGGGAAAACGCUAUUUAAGAGCAUGUUUAACUCUUCAAAGUGUGAGUUGCUGCAGUUGGAAUUUGUCAAAUCAAAUGGACACCACCUGUAUUUUAUGUUCAUGUUUGUAUGUUCAUACUGAAUGGGAUAUUUCUUGUUUUUUCAUGCAUCCCUUGGUCUGCUAGAAAGUAUAGAUAAUAUCUCAAAGCCUCAAUAUGGCUAUUUGUUUUAUUUUUUAACUGUUCUUCCUUUUUCCUCUAUGUUCUGUGCUUGUUAACGAUCUCAUACCCAUCUCAAAAUUGCCACUUUUGGUUGCUAUCUUAGCUAAUCAAAUUAUACACAUUUGUGCAUACUUGUUAUUAAGGCCAGUGAUUUACUUUCAUGUCGUUCUGGCCACUAAAAUACAUCUUAGCGGCCAUAAGGGGGCAGUAGAGUUCCAUCAUUUGCUCGUCAUCUGUGAAAGCCACUGGUCAACACCAGGCUCUCACCUAGCGCAUAAUAACGCUUCAUUCUCUAAAUGUGCUUCCUUUAAUAGUCCGUUCAUAGUUAUCAUCUUGGCUAAAUACGUUUGCUUUGCAAUUUAUCCUUUGCAUUCAAGAAAUUAUCCUGGAAUUUGACAGUUGUCAUAGCCUUUUAAUAAAACUGCAAACAUGUUAGGCAGUUUGUAACAUCUAUAUUGUAUAUUUCUUUAUUGUAAUUAAAAGCAUUUUGUUGACCAUU